GUCUAGUCUCACUGAAUGAGAGACGCGUCCAGACACUUACAGGAUAAGACAAAAACACAGAGAAGGGGACACAGGACUCGACUAAUUCUAAGUCUCCAAGAGUGGAUUGAAAGACAUUUUCCUUGUCUGCUGAGGUGAAUUAUGUCCAAAAUGGAGGUGAAGACGUCACUUCUAGACAACAUGAUAGGGGUGGGGGACAUGGUCCUCCUUGAGCCUCUCUCAGAAGACUCAUUUAUUGACAAUCUAAAAAAACGAUUUGAUCACAACGAGAUCUACACAUACAUUGGAAGUGUGGUGAUAUCCAUGAACCCCUACAAGUCCCUGCCCAUCUAUACAGCAGAUAAGGUGGAGGAUUAUCGCAAUAGGAAUUUCUAUGAGCUCAGUCCACACAUUUAUGCUCUGGCAGAUGAGGCCUACAGGUCACUGCGUGAUCAAGAUAAAGACCAGUGCAUUCUCAUCACAGGAGAGAGUGGGGCAGGAAAGACAGAGGCCAGCAAGUUUGUGAUGUCCUACGUAGCAGCGGUGUGCGGUAAAGGAAAGGAGGUGAACAAAGUGAAGGAGCAGCUGCUUCAGUCCAAUCCUGUACUUGAGGCUUUUGGAAACGCCAAAACCAUAAGAAAUGACAACUCCUCUCGUUUUGGGAAGUAUAUGGAUAUCGAAUUUGACUUCAAAGGAGACCCUCUUGGCGGAGUCAUCAGUAAUUAUCUUUUGGAAAAAUCCCGUGUAGUAAACCAGCCCAGAGGAGAGAGGAAUUUCCAUAUCUUUUACCAACUGCUUUCUGGGGCAUCAGAGGACACACUCAACAAAUUGAAGCUGGACAGGGACUUCAGCAAAUACAACUAUCUUAGCCUGGAUUCUGCAACGGUCAGUGGACUGGAUGAUGCUACAAGUUUCAGAACUGUUAGGAAUGCCAUGCAAAUUGUAGGCUUCAUGGAGGAUGAGGUUCAGUCAGUGCUGGAGUUAGUUGCUGCUGUCCUCAAGCUGGGAAACAUUGAGUUUAAACCAGAGUCUUGUGUCAACAGCUUCGAUGAGAGUCGGGUGAAGGAUAAGAAUGACUUGAAGGAGAUGUGUGAGCUGCUGGGCAUCGAACAGUACGUGCUGGAGAGAGCGUUCAGUUUUCGUACAGUAGAAGCCAAGAUGGAAAAAGUCUCCACCACACUCAAUGUGGCUCAAGCCUAUUAUGCCCGUGAUGCACUUGCCAAAAACCUCUACACCAGACUGUUCGGUUGGCUGGUAAACCGCAUCAAUGAAAGCAUCAAGGCGACAACCAAAUCCCGGAAGAAGGUCAUGGGAGUUCUUGAUAUUUAUGGUUUUGAAAUAUUUGAGGACAACAGCUUUGAACAAUUCAUUAUUAACUAUUGUAAUGAGAAGCUACAGCAGAUCUUCAUCGAGCUUACUCUUCGUGAAGAACAAGAGGAGUAUAUCCGUGAGGGAAUUGAGUGGACCAACAUUGAGUAUUUCAACAAUGCCAUCAUAUGUGACCUCAUCGAAAAUAACCAAAAUGGGAUUUUAGCUAUGUUGGAUGAGGAGUGUUUGAGGCCCGGCACAGUAACGGAUGAGACUUUCCUGGACAAGCUCAACACUGUUUGUGCUGAGCACAAGCACUUUGAGAGCAGACAGAGCAAAAACUCCAAGUUCCUCACAGACCACAGCCUUCCACACAACUGUUUUCGCAUCCAACACUAUGCUGGCAAGGUGCUGUAUCGGGUGGAGGGAUUUGUGGAUAAGAACAAUGACCUACUCUACAGAGAUUUAUCCCAGGCCAUGUAUAAAGCUAAUCACAGUCUCAUAAAGCUUCUAUUUCCUGAGGGCAACCCAGCCAAGGUCAACCUUAAGCGCCCUCCCACAGCUGGAUUGCAGUUCAGAGCAUCAGUGGGGACACUUAUGAAGAACUUGCAGACCAAGAACCCAAACUACAUUAGGUGUAUCAAACCCAAUGACAAGAAAGCACCCCACAUUUUCACAGACUCGCAAGUAUGUCAUCAGGUGCGCUACUUGGGUUUGAUGGAAAAUGUACGUGUGAGAAGGGCUGGUUAUGCUUUUCGCCAGGCAUAUGAGCCCUGCCUGGAACGCUACAAGAUGCUCUGCAAGCAAACAUGGCCCCAAUGGAACAGAUCAGCCAGGGAGGGCGUUGAGGUUCUCCUGACAGACCUACAGGUGCCUGUAGAGGAGUUUGCUUAUGGACGUUCCAAGAUCUUCAUCAGGAACCCCAGAACGCUCUUUUUCUUGGAAGAAAAGAGAAGCGAGUGCCUAGAGGACCUGGCUACUCUAAUCCAGAAAAUCUUCCGUGGCUGGAAGUGUCGCACUCAGUUUCUGCUUCUGAAAAAGAGCCAGGUAGUGGUAUCCGCCUGGUAUCGAAGAUAUGCGCAACAAAAGAAGUACCAAAAAACCAGAUGCUCCGCCUUAGUGGUUCAGUCUUUCAUUAGAGGAUGGAAGGCCCGGAAGAUUCUGCGAGAGCUGAAAUACAAGAAACGCUGUGAAGAGGCUGCUACGACUAUUGCAGCUUACUGGCAUGGAAAUCAGGCACGUAGAGAGCUGAAACACUUAAAGGAGGAAGCCAGGCGUAAACACGCCAUCGCUGUCAUUUGGGCCUUCUGGUUGGGAUUAAAGGUUCGUCGGGAAUACAGGAAGUUCUUCAAAGCUAAUGCUGGCAAGAAGAUCUAUGAUUUCACCAUCCAGAGAAUUAUGCAGAAGUACUUCUUGGGCUUGAAGAUGACGAUGUCCUCUAUGUCACCCGUCGAUGUGAGCUGGCCAGCAAAGCCAUAUGGUUUCCUAGAUAGGACACAUCAAGAGAUCAGGAGAAUUUUCCAUUUGUGGAGGUGCAAUAAAUAUCGCAGCCAGUUCACAGAGGAAAAGAAGGCUACCUAUGAGGAGAAGCUUGAAGCAAGUGAGCUCUUCAAAGACAAAAAAGCAUUGUAUCCGAACAGUGUGGGGCAGCCUUUUAAAGGAGACUAUGUGGAGUUUUCUAAAAACCCCAAGUACCAGAAGCUAAACGGCUUAGUAGAGGAUAAGGUUCUUCUUGCAGAUGUGGUCAGUAAAAUCAAUCGUGCCAAUGGCAAGGAAGCUCCAAGAAUUUUCCUCUUGACCAAGAACAACUUUGUUCUGGCUGAUCAGAAGACAGGUCAGGUAAAGGCCAGUGUACCGCUGCCCGAUCUCAGCAGUGUUUCUGUUAGCACUCAGAACGAUGGCUUCUUUGCCCUUAGGCUCAAAGAGGGUGCCACAUCAGCAGCUAAAGGUGACUUCUUGUUGAGCAGCAACCGACUGAUUGAGAUCAUAACCAAACUUCAUCGCACUGCUUCAGCUGACAGGAAUCAGAUCAAUAUCGAUAUAACAGACGAGUUUCUUGUACAAUUUAAGCAGGACAAAGUGUGUGUUAAAUUCAUACAGGGUGCCACAAAAAAUGGCAAAGAUGUCUUGUGCAAGCGUAAAAACAACCGCCUUCUGGAGGUAUCUGUUCCAUCACCAUAACAACCAGCCAUGGCAGGAGUGUCUACACUUAGAUUCUUCACCCCGCAGUUUCGUAAUGAUUGUGCAAUUAUGGCAUUCUUCGUAUUUUCAUUUCUGAUUAUAUAAUAUCAAUAUAAUUUCUUUUGAUUUUGUGUUCCUAGUGCUGCAGUUUAUUAUUUAAAAAAAUCAUUUGUGAUAAAAAAUCUUGUGCAAUUUUAUUUAUAAAAUAAUAGUUUUUCUUUGCAGUAUACUAAAUAUUUUUCUUUACAGUUUAAUGGUAAAUGCUUUUUUUGCAUUUUGUUUAUCAAUGAUUACCCUAUAUAGACCACAAAUUAAAUCAGGGUACUUUUAAUGGAUUAAUUCAAUGGAAUCAAUGCAUUCGUGGUGUGUUUCAAUACACCCCAAAUUAUUUCCAUCUAUAAAGGCCUUCAUGCAGCAGGAUUAACAGGUGGUUCACUGAUUCUGAAUUUUGAGUUAAGGCUACAUUUGUAGUCAGAAUGGUUGGUAUGCUUGUUGCCAGAAGACCUUAUAAAAACCUAAACAACCUACACAGUUGCAUCCUGGUUGGUACAAUCCUUAUUAACAAGAGGUUGUUUUGACCCCUAAACUUUCACUCAGUAAUCAAAAGAUGUUAUGUACAUGACCCUUAAACUUGUUUUGAACAGGGCUAAUAAUAAUGGUUGUUUUUUGUUGUCCCAUAGGUUAAGUGUGUAUGCUUUUUUGUAAUGGGUACAUCAUUUCAUUUUUGACUUGUUCCAAUAAUAAUGUUGAGGCUUGAUUUAGGUAUACAUUUUUAAAACAGACAGGCACAGACUCCAUAUGAUAUUUUCCCACAUUGUUUUAGUGGACUUUUUGUAGUAACUUCUAAACGCAGUACCUGCCAAAAUAAUUUUCUGCAGUUCCACAAUGCUACAAUUGAAUUAUAAGUUGGGAUAACUGAUAAUCGUUAUCGCCAGUAAAGGAUGAUUUGAAAUUACUUCAUGUCCUUGGAUUCUUCAUAGUAUUCAUCUUUUUUAUGCGUUGCUGGUAACUCGUAGAUUUUGUGUCAGGACAAUAAAAUGAAUGAGAAAAAUUGUUGUUUAAAUGUUUGUGUGCCUAAAUGUAAUUCAAAUCUAAAAAAUGUAGAAGUGUUUCAUUAUUUGCCAAAUGUAACAAACAAAUUGUUUUUCAUUAAAGCAAUAAAUUACAUUGACUAAAUAGUAUGAUUUACACCUUACAUACUGGCUAUGGAUUACAUUUUAAAUGACUAAAUAGUAUGAUUAACAACUUACAUACUGGUUAUAGAUAACAAUUUAAAUGACUUCUAUAUCAGUGUGUACUCUUUGUUUUAGUGAGAAUUGUGCAGGUGAAUAUGUUUUUUUUCCAGCAAU